AUGAGAAACAUUGAGGAUACUAGAAAGAGAUGGGACAUCCUAUUCUCCGAUAAUGAGACGACCUCCGACCUACGAGCGGCUUUGUUAUCCGAGCAAGGAGGAAACCUGUGCAGUGACGGGCUGAGAUCGGCAUUCCUCAUCUUCGACGGUGUGGAUCGGAAUGAAUGGGCGGCCAAGCUUGACGAAUCCCGGGAUGCUUAUCGCGCGCUGCGCGACCAUUUCUUGAAAUACAUCGAACAUCCGGACGAUCUAGAAUCAACUGUUGAUCCGCUGGCGGAUGAUGAGCAGUCUCCCUGGCAAACACUUCGAAACGAUGAGACGCUGCGCGCCGAGAUUUUACAAGAUGUCGACCGAUGUUUACAAGAAAACUUUUUUUUCCAAGAACCCGACACAAAAUCCAAAUUAACGAAUGUAUUGUUUGUAUACUCGAAACUCAAUCCGGACGUGGGCUAUAGACAAGGAAUGCAUGAACUACUUGCGCCUUUGCUUUGGGUCGUUGAUCGAGAUUCCGUGGAACCGCAGACUGCAGGACUCAGUCGCAACAAAGAAAAUAAUGAGGAUUUGAUGCUCAAGCUUCUCGAUCCUGACUUUGUGGAACAUGAUUCGUUCACGCUGUUUCUCUCUGCCAUGCAAACAGCCCGUACAUACUAUGAACACGGGGAGACACGGUCAGCAAAUGGCCGAGUGGAUGUCAUUCCGAUAGUUGAGCGGUGUCAAUAUCUACAUAAAGAAGCUUUGACUAUUAUUGAUCAUGAGCUAGCGGAACACUUGGAAGCCGUUGAAGUUUUACCGCAGAUAUUCUUAACUCGCUGGAUGCGCCUACUUUGGGGUCGGGAAUUCCCAUUUGAUGAAGUCCUGGUGAUGUGGGACCUUUUGUUUGCUCACGGACUACGAUCCGACCUUGUUGAUUUCACAUGCAUUGCAAUGCUGCUUAGAAUUCGCUGGCAAUUACUCGAGGCGGAUUACACAACCGCGUUGACUUUAUUACUUCGAUACCCCUCGCCUCAACAUGCGCCUCAAACUUUUGUACACGAUGCGCUUUAUUUGGAACAGAAUCCUACUGCCAACAGAGGUAGUUUCAUUAUAUCGAAAUAUUCGGGCAGGCCACCCGACUCUAAAUCUAAAGAUCGCACCUCGUCUGGUACUCAGCCAGCAAGGAAGGCUUUUCUAUGGGAUGAUUUCAAGAGGCGCAGUCAAAACAGCUCGCCCUCUCAUCAUUCCGCCAGGAACAGCCCCAAAGGUCUUGAAACUCUCUUCCAAGACGUUUCCCAAGGGAUCCAACGUCGUACCGAGUCCUGGGGUGUAGCCAAAGCCGUCCGGGGCGCAGUGACUGAAGCCAGGAAAAAUAUGCAGACAAUGCACUAUGAACCCAAAUUACGCACUGUUUCGAGGCCCGUUUCUGCCGGAACAGCCCCAGGAGUUCAAACACAAACAUCAACGACGAAUACGGCAGUCACAGCUGAGUUGGAAACGAAGAUCAAUAUUCUUGAAGGAAGAAAUACAGAUUUGGCUUCUACUUUGCGCGAUGCUCUCGGCGAGCUUAACGCGCAGCUGGCAAAUGUCAAAGAUCUUGAUCCUAACACCAGCAUUAUCAUAAAACAAGCCCUGGCUAAAGCUGAGAGUGUGCGGGUCUGCCUCCAAGACUCUUCUAUCCCAGUAGAUUCAUCUCAGACACUCUCUUGUAUAGACGGUGAAAUUGAAAAAGAUCAACCGAAUGAUCUAGGAGAGAAGACUGGAUCGAAAAGCGAAACAGAAGCCAAGACUUCGGCAAGCAAGCCUCAAAUACGAAGACUAGAUUCCGCCAGCACGGAUAUGAUCGGGCCGACUGCCGACAGUGGAACAUCAAAUCCCGCCUGCAUCGCCACAGCAAAUCAGACAAACACUAGCAAAACGACCGAGGGUGCGCGGACAAUACCCUCGCGACCCGUCGUACGACCAUCCCUCACAGAUUCGGGAUUCUCGUGGAUGCUUGGCGGCGGCCGGAACCUGUCGGGCUUUGUGAGUUCAACGUCACCACCACCUGAACAAACUCGACAUCUGGAUCAAAGCCGAGGGAAACAUGGUACUUUGUUCGGAUCUGGUGGGGAGGAAAAUCCAGGAACCGAUGAGCACGGUGAAUUGGCACUACACAGCCUUCGGGGCUCCCGGGAGCCUCUGUCAGGGGCUGGCCCACUGUGA